UCAAAAAAGAACAAAAGCGAAAGGUGUUAUCUUGUAAUUUAGCUUUUAUUAUUAUUUUUUAAUUUUAACAAGGCUUGGGGCUGUUCCGACUUUUAGAUCCUCUCUCUCUCUCGGGUUCUUGUCGUGCGUAUCCGGCGAGAUGAAACAACACUAGUGAAGUUGAAGUGAACCAACUAACUGCAUGUACUUGUAGCAGCCGCUAGCAAGCAACUACCUUUCUUGUCCCUUCUCCGAAUCUUUGUCUGCUCCAAUCCACACCCAAGGUUUUGAAGAGAUGUGCCUUUCCUGUUAAUCUAUUUUUGCAUCCAAUGUCGUCCACACGAAAGCCUAGUGGUAGUCAUGGAGCUGAACUCGAAGCUCAGAAGCGCUCCUCUUCAAAUAGUAAAGCUACAAAUCCAGGAGUUCCCGAGAGCAAACGGUUACCUGAGCCCUUUAAGAAGCGAUCUACUGAUCCUAAACCUGAUUUCACCUCCUUGUCCACCGUUCUAGAGCAUGUGGAUUCGUUAACCAUCGAUAGCAACGACCAGGAGCAGAAAACGUCAGGCUUCGGCAGUGCGAAGGUGAGUGAUGGCACGAGCAGCCUCGCCAAGACGAGUGGAAGCCGCCUUGAUUUCAUGGAGAGUGGCAAAAGCAGUAUCUACAGAGGAAGCACGAGCAGUGACAUCAGCGAUGAGAGUAGCUGCAGCAGCUUAAGCAGCACUGUCAACAAACCUCACAAAGCCAACGACUUGAGCUGGGAAGCGAUCCAGGCCGUGAGGGCUCGUGAUGGGGUUUUGGGUCUGAGCCACUUCAGGCUACUCAAGAGGCUAGGGUGUGGAGACAUAGGGAGUGUUUACCUCUCUGAGCUGAAAGGGACGAAGUGUUACUUUGCGAUGAAGGUUAUGGACAAGACGUCUCUCGCUAGCCGCAAGAAGCUUCUUAGAGCUCAGACGGAAAGAGAGAUUCUCCAGUCUUUGGAUCAUCCUUUUCUCCCUACGCUCUACACUCAUUUCGAGACUGAGAAGUUCUCUUGUCUGGUGAUGGAGUUUUGUCCUGGAGGAGACUUGCAUACUCUCAGACAACGCCAGCCUGGGAAGCAUUUCUCCGAGCAAGCGGUUAAAUUCUACAUAGCAGAGUCAUUGCUAGCUAUUGAGUACCUGCACAUGUUGGGGAUUGUGUACCGUGAUCUCAAGCCUGAGAACGUUCUAGUUCGAGAAGACGGACAUAUAAUGCUCUCUGACUUUGACCUCUCACUCCGUUGUCUCGUCAGCCCCACUCUAGUGAAAUCUACCGCCAUUGAGUCAGAUCCUUUACGCAAAAACGUUUACUGUGUGCAGAUGGAGCCCUCUUGCAUCCAACCAUCAUGCACAGUCCCCACCACUUGCUUCUCUCCGCGUCUCUUCUCAAGCAAGUCUAAGAAGGAGCGUAAGUCCAAGAACGACACUGCUAAUCAAGUUAGGCCGUUACCAGAGCUGGUAGCUGAGCCAACCGAUGCACGUUCCAUGUCGUUUGUGGGAACGCACGAGUACUUGGCUCCGGAGAUUAUCAAAGGUGAAGGGCAUGGGAGUGCGGUAGACUGGUGGACUUUUGGGAUAUUCCUUUACGAGCUUCUCUUUGGGAGAACGCCUUUCAAGGGGUCUGGCAACAGACAGACGCUGUUCAACGUGGUGGGACAGCCUCUGCGGUUUCCUGAGUCACCUGUGGUGAGUUUUGCAGCGAGGGAUCUUAUCCGGGGCCUUCUCAUGAAGGAGCCUCAGCAGAGACUGGGGUUCAAACGGGGAGCUACUGAGGUUAAGCAGCACCCGUUCUUCGAAGGUGUGAACUGGGCUUUGAUCCGGUGUGCUACUCCACCUGAGAUCCCAAAGCCGGUUGAGCUGGAGAGGGGGCCUGUGAGUAGUGUUGCAGAGUCACCAACGAGCCAGAAGACAGCGGCAGGUUUGGUUCUGAAUGCUCAGAAAGGGUCUGAUAACUAUUUGGAAUUUGAUUUCUUCUAGAGACUAUGGUACUAAUUCUCUAUUCUUCCCUAAAAAGACCAUGAGAUGAUCAAGUGUUGUUAUGCUCUUCAUAGAUUGGCAUGAAACUGUAUGUUUGUUUCUGUAGUUUAUUAAAAUGUUUGUAACUCUUUUCAUAACCUUAUUAGUUUUUAUCAUAGUAUCUUUUUUACUUCCUC